UCAUUGAAUGACGGAAUCCUUGAGGUUGGAACAGACCCUUAGGAUCAUCGAGUCGAACCCUACGUGCUGCAUCCACACGCAUUAGAGAUCCCUGCAGGGACAGGGCCUCCACCACUUCUCUGGGAAGCCCCUUCCCGUGCCUGACAACCCUGUCUGUGAAGGAAUUUUUCCCAAUAUCCUAUCUAAACGUCCCCUGGCACCUCUGGAGGACACCUCCUCUCACCUCCUGCCUUCUUCCUUGUCAGCCGAACCCAACUCCCGCCUGGCUCACACCUCCUGCCCGCAGCUGCGCAGUGCGGUCAGGGCUCCCCUCUGCAUCCUGCACUGCAGACCGAGCCCUCCAGCUCCCUCAGCCCUUUCCUUUCUCCUCCAGCCCCUUCCCACCUCCACUGCCCUUCUCCGGAUGUGCCCUAGCCAUUCAGCGUCUUUCUGGGAGUGAGGGGCCCAACACUGAACCCGGCAUCUCAGCCGCCGUCUCUCCACUGCUGAAUCCAGCGGGAUGAGCCCCUCCGUCCUCCUGCUGCCCACGCUGGCUGCUAACCAAGCCUGUGGUCCCAGUGCUGAUUCCGAGUCCCGAAGCCCCUGACUCUGCCUCUUCCUUCAAGGAGCCCUUGCCCUCUGCUUCCAAGCAAAGCCGCAACCCCUCAGCCUCGCUUUUCUUCCCUUUUGGAAUUUGGUGCUGUUGGAAAGGGCCGCACUGGGGAAAUGAGUGGGAAAUUGCCAUCCCAUUUAGUGCUGCAGAGCCAGAGCAAUGCGCAGCAUCCCGGCUCGGGAAGGCAGUGCUCAGCCAAAGGGGAUUUGCAGGUGGUUUCUCCUUCCUCACUUCCCAGGCAGGGCUUCCCUAAAAGCACCCCGCGGAAGGGGCUGCUGCAGGCAGUCACCUUGCGGAGGCGGCAGCGCAGGGAACGCCAUUCUCCUCUGGCUCCGGCCUCCGCUCCAGGCUCUGGCUGCUCUGGAUAUUCCCAGAGUGAAGCCAAGCGAGGCAUUUGCGCCAACAGAUACGUGCACGCCUCGGCUCCCUCCUGCCUUCCCCACAAGCAUCUACAAGCUCGGAGUGGGAUUUCCCACCUAUUAAAGGCUGAGCCGCUCUGUUCCGGCAUGGCUGACUCCGAGACGUGCUCGUGCGCGGCUCUGGAAGCAUAUCUGGAUGGUCCACGACCUUCCCAGUGGAAAAGGGAGCGAUUUGGGAAGCGGGCAAUGAGGGAGCUGCAGUGUUAGCAGCUAGCGGGGUUGGUUUUCCGCUGCCUGGCAUCACCGGAGGGGUGAACGGCAGGGUUGGGAUGAUGCCGCAUGCGGGCCGGAAUGAAGCGGCACCUGAACGGCCGGUAGAAUCCUGGCCGGACCCUGCUGGCAGGGCCCAGCUGGGCUGACAGGGCGGCGUUGCCAGGCUACCGGGCUCCACACAACAUUCAACGGUCGAGGGGCUGGUAGCUCGCUGCCCUUGCUGCUGCUGCGAGCAGAGCCCACGAGCCCUUCAGGCGCUGAUGGAGCCCAAGCCAGCUCUCAGCAUGGAUUUGGGACAGGACGAUUCCUGGGAUGGCACGGUGACGCAGUGAGUGCUGGCAAGGGGCUCUAGAGGGGAGCUGGUAACGCCGGGCCGGGGACUGUGGGCUCUACCUGUGCCGUCUUUGGGACAGCCCAGCCGCGCCCAUGGCAUAGCCCCUCAUUCCCAGCACGUGUGCCUGUCCCGGUGCAGCUGAUCCCAAGUCGCCCUCCUCCCCUCCGCUUAUUCCUCCAGACGCGUCAACGUCGGAGCUGAAUUCCAGGCAGAGCUACCGGCUCUGCGGGACAGGCCUCACUGGCAAAACGAUGAGGAGGGAGCAGCGCUGGUGUGGAAGCCCUGGGGGGACAUCGAAUCCAACCCGGAAACACAGCGCAGAGUCACCGAGCUGCUCACCACGGCCUGCUCUGGUGUAGUGCCAGCGGGAAGAGGGAACGCGGAGCUAGCACUGCACUGCCUGCACCAAACGCAGGGCAACAUCCUGGUAAGCAGGCAGCUAUGGAAUGCUGGGAAUGAAGGAGCUGCCCUGUUUGGGGAAAUGCCGAGGUCUGGAUAAACGCCCCGCGCUUGGCAAGUCCAGCGUCCCUGGGCGCCCCGUGCUGAGCAAACACCUCCAGCCUGGCCCCGGUGGAGCGCAUUCUCUCUUCUGUAACAACACUUGGAUGGAGUGGAGGGCUUGGCCUUUGCCGUGAGAAUGAGUGGCAAGUGACUGCGGCAGAGAGGAGUCUUCUCCCAGAGGUGCUGGCAGUGGCAUGCCACGGCUCAGUCCCCAAGGAUCUGCCUAGGUUCUACAGCCUUAAGCGGACUGAGGAAGUACUUGCCUAGACUUCAGCAGGAUGAGGUGAUCCCAAAGCGCUGCUCCUGCGCAUGGACCAGCCGGAACUGCUGAAGGAGCACCACAGCUGGAAGCAGGUAUUCCCCUCCUUGCUCCUUUUGGAAUCUAAGCCUUUUCCCUUGAAAUCUUGCAGCACGCUAAGGAAUUGCUGUGUUCCGGAGGGCCUGGGAAGCUGGAAUCCCAUCCCCUGGCGGAUUAUCAUUACACAGGCUUGGACACCUGGACAGCGGAGGAGGAGCGGCUGUUCCGGAUGGCUUUCUCCAGAUGCCGGAAAGAUUUCUACCGCAUCCAGAAGAAGGUGCAGACCAAGUCCGUAGCCCAGUGUGUGGAGUAUUACUACACCUGGAAGAAGAAGUUGGUGUUUGACCGCCUCCGUGCCAAAGCUAAAGCACAGAGGCGCAAGGCAGAGAGGGAUCAGCCGCAACACCCAAAGGAAAAGGCUGUCGCCAGCCCCGGGAAGUGCCGUCGAGUAGCAACAGAGAGCACAGGCACCCCCUCCAGUGAUGCCAGCCAGCCUCCAUCUCACGCGGGAAGCGGAGACGCUCUGCAGGGUUUUCCAUGCCCAGAGUGCGGAAGGGUGUUUGCCAAGAUAAAUGGCCGCAACGCCCACAUGAAGCGUCAUUGCCCGGAGGAGGACCUGGAUUACCUCCGGAAGGUCCGCUGGCCGCUGAAGCGCCCAAAAACGGAGCCGAAGGCAGAAGAAAGCAGGAUGCUGAUGGCCUUCGAGAGCGGAGACAGCCCGGCUCGCAAGCGGCAAUGA